UUUUGGGAGUUGUUGGACAGCCAUUGCAGUGUCGUGGCUCAGUAACAAAACACGAAAGAGAAGAAGAGGGGGACCUGACAUCACGUAGGCUCUCCAAUUUUCUGCCAGGGAGAAGAAAUUACAUAGUUAUAAGAGCUAACACAUUCGCUAAAUCAAUCUACGUCUAGACAGCGGGAUUCAACAGCUCCGAUUAUGUCAUUCUUGCUGGACUUGAUUUAUAGCGGUUUCAAUAGUGUACUACAGUUUUUAGGACUGUACAAGAAAUCCGGCAAGUUAGUAUUUCUUGGCCUGGACAAUGCUGGCAAAACAACGCUACUGCACAUGCUCAAAGAUGACAGAUUGGGACAGCAUGUGCCAACCCUACAUCCAACCUCGGAAGAGCUGAUGAUCGCUGGCAUGACCUUCACUACCUUCGACCUUGGAGGUCACGCACAAGCCCGCAGAGUGUGGAAAAACUACCUCCCUGCCAUUAAUGGCAUUGUCUUCCUUGUGGAUUGUGCAGACCACCUCAGAUUGGGGAACAAAGCAGAACUUGAUGCAUUAAUGACAGAUGAGACUAUCGGAAACGUGCCUAUCCUGAUCCUGGGCAACAAGAUCGACAGACCAGAAGCCAUCAGUGAGGAGAGACUGAGGGAAUGUUUCGGAUUGUACGGACAGACGACAGGAAAGGGGAACAUUCCCAUGAAGGAGCUGAACACGAGACCACUGGAAGUGUUCAUGUGCAGCGUGUUGAAGAGGCAGGGCUACGGCGAGGGGUUCCGCUGGCUCUCCCAGUACAUCGACUAAAAGCAGCCAAGGCCACACCGAAACCACCAACAACAACAACCCAACAAACCACCACCAACCACCAUCAGGCAGAGGGGUGAGGGUGCUAAAACCCGACCGCCCUAAGACCUGAUGCCACUAGGACCAUCAUACUCAGCCCCAUGUUCAGCUCAAACGAAUCUGCCUCCACCUUCAGAGAAACCAGUUCAACGAUCCCAAUAGACUUUUAUUGGUCGAACAUUUGGUUCCGCACUUACAGAAUUCAUACCUGUACGCGCACACACACAACUACACACAACAGUACACACUGGUCUCCAUCUCUGUUUUUCUAAAGAGGGUUAACAUAGCAUUGGUUCCUCAACAAACGGUGUUUCAAAUUCAAGCAGAUGAAUCUUUUCUACAUUGUGUCUGUCGUUUGCUGCCCUCUGCCUCCCCUCCUGCUAUCUGUUGAGUGUGAUAAGACACAUUAUAACUGUAAAUCUGUAUAGGGUUCCAUUGGUACAUCAAUAAUUCCUGAUGCCUCUUUCUCCUCUUUAAACUCAUUAUGAGCAAUGAGACAGAGUAAAAUAGUUGUAUACAUUGCAGUACCUUUUUUAACAGUAAAGACAUUAAUUCAUCGUAUGUAAUCAGUUUUGGGUUUGUUUUUUUUUGCCUUUUAUUUCUAUUUUCUACAUGAUCACAGUAAUCAAACAGAUGUGUGGCCACGUUUAACAGCCUUCACUAUAGAUGUGUGGCUGUUGCACCCAUUUUUAAAAUGGACCAGUGCAUUUAUCUUAGUGUAUCAGCAAAUAGAUUCUUUUUUUUUCUUAGGAAAUUUAAGUACUCUUGUUCAGGAACUUUUUUUAUGUUGUUGGCACAGUAGCAUUGAAUGGAUCCAAGCAGUCUAUGGGCUCUCUUUUUUUUUUUUUUUUUUUUUUUAAGUGAAAGAAACAUGGGGUGGAAGGACAGCAAACGGGAAGAUUUUAAUAGAGAAUAAUACUGGUUAUAACCCGGGCAAAGUUUGCAAAUUGUGUAGAUACAGUGCAAAGAACAGCCAAUGAAAAGAGGAAUAUUUAACUAAAAAUUUAACGAAACUUUGGGAUGAAAUGGCUUGAUAAUAACAUGUGGUAAGAGAUGGAGGAAUGAGCAGAUGGAUGUAACAUCUUGUCAAUAUCGGAAGUCCAUCCUACAGAUGUGAUUGUACAGGGUGAAUCUAGUGACCAAGCUUAGAUAACAGAGGACCCGGCCCCACAGUGGGAGCAGGUAAGGGGCCUAAUACACCUACAAGAAAGGGACCAUAUAUAUGAAGUGUACAUGGACAUCGUACAUGGAUUUUGUAUUUGUACGUGGUAUCCUUUUGAUCUAUGUGCAUUACCAGAAACUAUUAUGCAUGCCUUGUUUUUUUAAUUCUUAGAUGACCAUUAUUCCAGAGAGUACACCAGGAGGGAAAGAAGAUGCCAAAAUUUAUGAAACAAUGAGAGCUGAUUGUCAUGUUUUUUUUUUCUUUUUUAACAGAAACAAUGGAAUUUGCGUGUAAUGCACACUUUUUCUGUCCUUGUCCCUUUGUGUCUCUUUCAUUCCCUCAUUGACUACGUGAUGAGCUGUUCCAACAGAGGUGGGACUUGCUGUUGUUUGCAUCAUACAAAAUGUAAUAAAUGUUUGCAAUGAAUAACAGGCUUUAA